GGCGCAGAUGUGGGCACCAGUCCGGGUUCCUGCCCUCUGUCCUUGCGGUCGGACCGAUCUGCUGCGGUCCCUGAGCUCCUAAUUGUUGUUCUAGCUUCUUUCAGGUCUGCGUGUCUGUUGUUCCCAGCACUCUGCGAGGCCUGGAAAGCAGGAGCAACCAGAAUUCCCGCAGGACAGGAAAAGGAGGGGGAAAUCUCAACAUGGAAAAACUCUACAAUGAAAAUGAAGGAAUGCCUUCCAACCAAGGAAAGAUGGAAAAUGAAGAACAGCCACAGGAUGAGGGAAAGUCAGAAGUAGCUUGUACUCUGGAAGAAAAGGAGAAGUUAGAAAAGGAGGGAAAGACAGAAGAUGAGGAAAUGUUAAAGGAUAAGGAAAAGCUAGAGAGUGAGGGAAAGACAAAAGAAGAAGGAAAGCCAGAAAGUGAGGGAAAGCCAGAGAGAGAGGGAGAGCCAAAAGAGGAAGAAAAGCCAGAGAGUGAAGCAAGGGCUUCAGGAAAGCGCCCAGCUGAGGAUGAUGUACCCAGGAAAGCCAAAAGAAAAACCAACAAGGGACUGGCUCAUUACAUCAAGGAAUAUAAAGAGGCCAUACACGAUAUGAAUUUCAGCAAUGAGGACAUGAUAAGAGAAUUUGACAAUAUGGCUAAGGUGGAGGAUGACAAGAGAAAAAGCAAACAGAAGUUGGGGGCGUUUUUGUGGAUGCAAAGGAAUUUACAGGACCCCUUCUACCCCAGAGGCCCAAGGGAAUUCAGGGGUGGCUGCCGGGCCCCACGAAGGGACAUUGAAGACAUUCCUUAUGUGUAGUGUCCCUGGCAAGCAUUUUCCAGGUCCUGGGCUUUAACCUUAUGUUAAUACUUUGCUUAGGCAUCCCUCCUCUUACUAGCAGCCUUUUGACCCAACUCCAGUGCUCUACUUUCAGUAGCAGAUUUUCAUCCAGUGCAUGAAAAAAAUGUUUAUGGUACAUUGCAAAAUUAAAAAACAUAACUGGCAGAACCAACUAUAUGGCAUCAGUAUAUUUUUGUAAAAGUACAAAGUUACUUACCUAGUAACCUAUGUAUAGAAAACAACUCUGAAAGAUGUGUCCACUAAAAGAUUAACAGUGGUUUUUGUUCAUCUGUUCAUUUUCUUUUAAAAACACAUAUUACUUAAGUCAUAAAAAUAAUGAAAGAUAAAAUAUUGGAAAACAA